AUGAUUUCGACUUCGGAUAUCAAAAGGCUGGAAGCGCAGUGCCUGGAAAAUAUUAAGUAUGACGAGCUGUAUCAAUUGCGAAAUGACGCCAAAUUACGGGCCGUCUAUACCUCGAAGAACUACGAUGAAUUCAAGGACAUAGUUGAUGCAGCCCAUUUGAGUUCCAUUACACCACAGGAUAAACGGAAUGUUAAAACCAGACGAAAUUUGUGGAAUACAGUUUCUUAAGAUUAGAG